GUUAUAUACUUGAAGUAGAUUUGGUGUAUCCGCGGAACUUACAUAGUGAACACGAUGAUUUACCAUUUUGUCCUGAAAAAUGCACCCCACCCGGAGGAAGAAAUAAAAAGUUAAUUCCAAAUCUGUAUGAUAAAUACAAUUACGUUAUUCACUAUAGGCAUUUAAAAACAUGCUUACAGCAUGGCUUAAUUUUGCAAAAAAUUCAUCGCGUGAUUACGUUUAAACAAAGAUCUUAUCUUAAAACAUAUAUCGACCUUAACACAAAACUUCGUCAAGAAGCUAAAUCAGUGUUUGAACAGGAUUUCUUUAAACUUUUAAAUAAUUCAGUGUUCGGAAAAACAUUAGAAAACAUCGAAUCCAGGGUUAAAGUUCACUUGGUGAAGCAAUGGAGUGAUACGACCAACAAAACCAAAAAGUCAUUGAGUGUUGAUAAACUAAUUGCAAGCCCAAAUUUCCACAGUAUCUCUGUUUUUAGUGAGAACUUAGUAGCUGUUCAGAUGAAACCUAAACGAAUCGUUAUGGAUAAACCGAUAUAUAUUGGAUUCUCAGUUCUUGAGCUAUCUAAAGCGCACAUGUACCACUUUCAUUACGAUAUUGUAAAACCAUAUUAUCAAGAUAGUGUUAAAAUGUGCUACACGGACACUGAUAGUUUUAUUUAUUCCAUAAAAUCAGAUGAUUUUUACCACGAUUUGAAAACUCAUUUCCUAAAAUAUUUUGACACGAGUAAUUACAGCAUUCAGAACGAAUACGACCUACCUUGCAUUAACAAAAAAGUACCAGGUCUGUUUAAGGAUGAAAUGGGUGGGAGGAUAAUAACAGAGUUCGUGGGUCUAAGAUCCAAACUGUACUGUGUAAAAACUCAAGAUAUGGUUAUAAAAAAGGCUAAAGGUGUCAAAGCAUGUAUAGUUCGAGAUCUGACUGAUUCAGACUAUAAAUCCGUCCUUCAUAAAAAUAAUGUCAUCCGCAAGAAAAAUAUUUUGUUUAGAUCGAUCCGCCAUGAAUUAAUUACGAAAAGCAUUAAUAAAGUAGCUCUAUCUCACAACGAUGACAAAAGAUUGAUACGUAGCGAUAAAAUUAGUACAAUAGCCUGGGGUAGUAAACAUAUUUUGUGAUCUGUUGAUUACUUUGAUAUUAAAUAUAAAUACAUAGUUUUAAUAUAGUAUAGUUAAGUACCCUAAAUGUAAUUAUGAUUAUAUGAGUGUAAGUAGAUAUAAGAAUGUAAUCAAUUAAAAUGUUUUUUAAUAAUAAAAUCAAAGCAGAAUAUUUAUUUGUUUUUUUUUAGACCUAUUCUAAAUUCAUAAAAAUGCUAUACAUAGGUAGGUAUAUUAUUCACUAUCAAAUAGUUUGAUGGAAAACAACCAAACACGUGUAGCUCACUAAUGUAGCUCACACGCCCCGUGUCUGCGUCAGCAAAAACAAGUCUAUACUUGUCUAUACUGCCGGCACUCUUUGUAAUAAAAUCGAAGGUAUUCUACUGGAAAACUGCAACGCAAACAUUUUUGCAAGUGUGAAAAAGAUAGUAUGUUAUAAAACAUGGUGUUUUCAAAUUGUCGAUGUUGCAUAUUCAUUAUGUUUUCACAACACGUGGCUACUGCGUAAAGUGCAACGCAAACGUUUGUCGUGCGCACGAGCACCUCACUGUUAAGACUCGGACCAUUCUCAAACAAAACUCUACAAAAUGUCACAAUCGAUCCUGAAUGAAUCUAGUCCAUACGGGUUAGGUACGCCGCAUUCAUUCGACCAGCUGCAGUGCGGACAAGUCUGGUUCGACAGCGAUGUUGAAGAGGUGCGGCCACCAAGCCCAGAGAGAACCAUCACCAAAAAGAAAAGUGUUGCGACCAGACAGUCCAGAAAACGGCGGGCGGAGGAUGACUCCACAACCUCUUACGUGAUGAGCAAAUCACCGCGACCAGGACAUCGGCUCGUGAGAAUUGAGGUUGUGGAUCUGAACAGCAGCACUAGUGACAGUGAGUGUGUGGUGCUAAAAGCACAGUACGUUGUGACGCAUCCGGUAGAUGAAAUAAUAGACAUGACGGAAAACCUCGUGAAAAAAAUAACAAAGACUAUGUGUAGCUCUUAA